UGAGAAUAACCUGACACCAAGUGGAUUCACGUGAUCACCACGUGGAAUCACGUGAUGUCUCAAUCACAGUUUGAAAACAUAAAAGCCGCACUUGGUGGUCAGCUGGCUAUCUUGGUUUUGGUGCUCCUCAUCUGAAGUGUCAGUUACAGCCCACAUACAGUAACAUCAGCUGCCCACAGUCAUGUAUUUCUUCCUGUCCAUCAUAUUCCUGGCGGUGCCUGCGUGCCUGGCCCAGCUGCCAGGUGGUCUACAAGAGGUCCAUGGACUAAAUGCCAGUGACCCUAUGGUCCAGUUCGCUGUCCAGGCUAUCAACUCAUUCUACCAGAAAAACGGAGACAACGCUGCUAGAACUCUGGUUAACAUCGUGUCGGCCUUUACACAGGUUGUGCAAGGUGAACUGCUUCACUUAAACCUGACUGUCACUACGGGCCAACAGAAUGAACUUUGUGUGGUGAAAGUCUGGUCCAGACCGUGGCUGCCCGAGCCUGAAGGUUUAAAGACGUCCGUAGACCCUGUGUGUACACCUCUAGCUCAACCGACCACUAAAAAACCUGUGUUGGUGGGAGGGGAGAGGACGAUUGACCUCCAGAGUGAUGAGGUCAAGAAGGCGCUGAGCUUCGCUGUGAAAACAAUCAACAACCAGACCAAUUCUCUCUACUGGAAAAAAUAUACAGGAAUCUCCAAAGUUACAGCUCAGAUCGUGUCUGGCGUGUCCUAUCGAUUCUAUGGGGUCAGGUUAGCACCUACAGACUGCGUCAAGUCCAGCAUCAUCUCUGACCAUUGCAGGGUUGCCUCCAAUGCUCGGAGUCAGCAGUGUGACUUCAAGGUGUGGAGCCAGCCUUGGCUUAAACCUGCGUACAAGUUGACCGACCUCAAAUGUAAAAACGCAUGAUCUGGCCGACCCCGCGAAAGAGAAAUGUCUCUUCACCAAAGUGAGAAGAAUUAUCAUGUCAAAAUAAAAUAAGCAAAUGAAAUCAAA